GGGUCUUCACACUGCUUGCGCCUCGGAUCCACCUCCAUAUACUAUCAAAAAAAUUUUAUGGGUGGCUUUUGUGACUUUUUAAAUAUCCUUUUUUUUUUUUUUGACAGCUGUGAUGAAUGUGGAACAUGGUCUUUUUCAUUUAUUCCUCCUUUUUUCUUUUAUUUUUUCUUAUCCCAAAGAAAUAAAAUCAGGUUAUGAAGGUGUUUUAUGCCAUUGCUACUUUGGUGGCAUCCUUAUUACUGCUAUGGCAAUGUUUGGGCUUAUUCGAUCAAAACAGUAGAUCGUUAAUGCAUGAUAUCGUUACCGAGAUCUACAAACAUUGGACCAAACAAAAUGAUUCCAUUCAUGACCGGAAGUAUGGUUAUUUUCUUCAGCUCACCGACACACAUUUGGACGAUCAUUACAAAGACGGAGCUACUCUGAAAUCGGGUUGUCAUACAUUUCCCAAAAACCACACACACUCAAAGCAUCACACUCUUUGUGGUACCAUGGGUGUUCCCGGUGUACGCAUGGAUGCUCCCAGUAUCUUGAUUGAGCACACACUCGAUUGGAUUCGCAGAGAGUGGAGAGACAAGUUAGAUUUCGUGAUCUGGACGGGUGAUAAUUCAAGACAUGACUGGGAUGCAUCACAUCCACGCAAAGAAACGAAAGUGUUGGAACUAAACCGCAAAGUGACCGAGAUGAUGACCCAAUUAUUUUCCUCUACGCCCGAACACCCACGUGGAAUCCCUGUGGUCCCGGUGAUUGGUAACAAUGACGUACAACCUCAUAAUUUUAUUGAAUUGAACGAUGAUGUCUUGUUCUUUUUUGAACGUUUAUGGGAUCAUUGGAUUCCUUCAGAUCAACGUCAAACUUUCUUAAAAGGUGGUUAUUUUGCCGUAGAUGUAGCCCCCCAGCUUCGUGUCUUGUCUAUCAAUACCAUGUUCUUCUUGAAAAAGAACCCAUUGGCCAAAUCAUGCAAAAAGAAGAGUUCUGCCGGUCAUAUUCAUAUGAAAUGGUACAAGAAAGAGCUGCAACGAGCCCGUCGUGAUCACGUCAAAAUCUAUGUCAUUGGUCACGUUCCUCCAUCACCGAGGGACUUCUUUAAAGGCUGUCUCAGCGAAUAUAUGAGCAUCACCGCUAACUUUCCCGAUGUAGUCUUUGGUCAUUUCUAUGGCCAUUUAAAUAUGGACCACUUUCUGCUGUAUGACAAGCGUGAAGAAGAAUUAAAAGCCUUUUAUGAAGAAGAAGAACAGGAUGAGGAGGAGGAUACCGAGCUAGAACUCCCUUAUCUGGAAGACUCCGCUCAUCAUUUACCCGGUAAAGACAACAAGGUGACAAUCCAAAGAAACGUCAAGGAAUAUGUAUCUUGGUUGAAAAAUAUGUAUGACGACAUUGAUGAAUUUGAAAACAAGCAUCCGAAUCGCCAUGGAGAUCAAAAGAAGUUUAGUUCUGAGCCAGUGGUCGUUGUUCAUAUUGCUCCUUCUGUUUUCCCUGUUUAUAUGCCCACAGUGCGAAUUUACCGCUAUGAAUACAAUUCGGGUAAAAAACACCAUGCUCCCAAGAAGGAAUACGGCACUUUAUUGGGUUACGCUCAAUAUAUGGCUAAUAUUACUGAAUACAAUGAAGUGGAGGGCCACAAGGACCCAAAACCUCCAUUGAAUUAUCGUUUGGAGUAUGAUACGAAGAAACUUUAUGGCCUUACGGAUUUGUCGGUAGAUGCUUAUAUCGAAUUCGCUGACGUGCUCACACAACAAAAUCCUGCUAGUCAAAAGUUAUGGAAAACUUACUGUAAAAACAUUUUCGUUCAAACCAUGAAUAAGGUGUUUGACUGAUUACUAAUUGGAAUACCUUUUACAGCAAGUCAUUAUAAUGAUAAUAAAAACUC